AUGACAAAAAGAUAUUGGAACAUCACUUUUGAAGAGAUGAUGGAAGCUGGGGUUCAUUUUGGCCAUGAGCCUAGGAACUGGAAUCCUCGAAUGGCACCUUUUAUAUCGGGAAAACGUAAAGGUAUUCAUAUUACAAAUCUUACUAAAACUGCUCGUUUUUUAUCAGAAGCUUGUGAUUUGGUUUUUGAUGCAGCAAGCACAGGAAAACAAUUUUUAAUUGUUGAAACGAGACUUCGUGAGUUCAGGGACUUGAGAACAGAGCAAAAGACGGGGAAACUGAACUCUCUUCCAAAAAGAGAUGCCACUAUGUUGAAGAGACAAUUAUCUCAUUUGGAAAGAUAUCUAGGCGGUAUAAAAUAUAUGACAAGAUUACCUGAUAUUGUAAUAAUCCUUGAUCAGCAAGAAGAAUAUACGGCUCUUCAAGAAUGUAUCACUUUGGGAAUUCCAACGAUUUCUUUAAUUGAUACAAAUUCUGACCCAGAUCUUGCAGAUAUUUCGAUUCCGGCUAAUGAUGAUGCUAUAGCUUCCAUCGGAUUAAUUCUUAACAAAUUAGUUUUUGCAAUUUGUGAGGGUCGUUCUAGCUAUAUACAAAAAAAUUGA